AUGGAAACGACAAAGGAGGAACGACGGAGCAACGCCGGAGUAGUCGGAGGGGAAACGCGUGAAGUGACCAAGGACGAGGUUGACGAGUUUUUCGAAAUCCUCAGCCGUGUGCGCGACGCCAAGAAGCGCCUCGCCGAGUCACGCGCAAAUCACGUGAGACGAAACGGUGACGUCAGCGAGUGGAGAUGGAAACCGACGUUCAAGUGGGAAGAUUUCCAGACGACAACCUCCGUCAGUGAUAACGGAAGGAAGAGGCUGAGGACGGCGGCGAAGAACCCGAUCCUUGAGUCCUUUGAUUUGAACGCUGAACCUGAGCCUGGCCCUAGUGUUAUGACCUCCAAUUCCGCCGGUAACCGCACUGUUGCGGUGUCUGUACCGCGGUAUCAUGCCUAA